CACAGGUCCUGUUAGUACACUUUGUGUACCGCUCUGAGGAAGAAGCUUCUGAAUCAGAAAGAAGAUAUGAACCAUAUAAAAGCUUCAGAGACAGAUGUGAGCGGUGAAGAGUAGUAUAAGGAGGACAUUCCUACAGGGAAAGAUCUGAUCUAUAGUAAUGCUACAGACAUAAAGGAAGAAGAAAAAGAAACAGAUUUGAGGGAUGAUGAGCAGUAUAUGGAGGACAUUCCUACAGGGAAAGAUCUGAUCUAUAUUAAUGUACAGAUAUGAAGGAAGAAGAGACAGAUGUGAGCGGCGAUGAGCAGUGUAAGGAGGACAUUCCUACAGGGAAAGAUCUGAUCCAUAUUAAUGCUACAGACAUAAAGGAAGAAAAAAAAGAGGAAACAGAUGUGAGGGAGGAUGAGCAGUAUAAGAUGGACAUUCCUACAGGAAAAGAGCUGAUCUAUAUUAAUGUACAGACAUGAAGGAAGAAGAGACAGAUGUGAGCAGUGAUGAGCAGUGUAAGGAGAAAAUUCCUACAGGGAAAGAUCUUAUCUAUAUUAAUGCUACAGACAUUAAGGAGGAAGAAGAGUCAGAUGUGAGCGGUGAUGAGCAGUGUAAGGAGGACAUUCCUACAGGGAAAGAUCUAAUCUAUACUAAUACUACAGACAUAAAGGAAGAAGAAGAGACAGAUGUGAGCGGUGAUGAGCAGUAUAUGGAGGACAUUCCUACAGGGAAAGAACUGAUCUAUACUAAUACUGCAGACAUAAAGGAAGAAGAAGAAGAGACAGAUGUGAGCUGUGAUGAGCAGUAUCAGGAAGACAUUCCUACAGGGAAAGAUCUGAUCUAUAUUAAUGCUACAGACAUUAAGCAAGAAGAGACAAAUGUGAGGGGUAAUGAGCAGUGUAAGGAGGACAUUCCUACAGUCAAAGAUCUGAUCUAUACUAAUACUACAGACAUAAAGGAAGAAGAAGAGACAGAUGUGAGCGGUGAUGAGCAGUAUAUGGAGGACAUUCCUACAGAUGACUGUACCAGGAGAUCCGAGGAGAAUCUUAUAUCUUCAGAUUAUAAAGCAGAUGAUGAUAUCACACAAGAUACAUAUGAAGAACAUUCCAUUAUCCCAGAUACACCCUCAGCCCUUCACAGCCAAGAUCUCUCAUCUCAUCCUGUUAUACAAGUCCAACCUAAAGAUUCCUCUCAGUCUGUUAAGCAGAAUAAGGAGAAGCCAUUUUCAUGUUCAGAAUGCGGUAAAUGUUUUACUGUGAAAUCACAGCUUGGUAGACAUCAAAUAAUUCACACAGGAGAGAAGCCAUUUUCAUGUUCAGAAUGUGGGAAAUGUUUUACUGAAAAAUCAACACUUAUUAGACAUCUAAGAACUCACGCAGGAGAGAAGCCAUUUUCAUGUUCAGAAUGUGGAAAAUGUUUUUCUUAUAAAUCAUAUCUUAUUCAACAUCAAAAAAUGCACACAGGAGAGAAGCCAUUUUCAUGUUCAGAAUGUGGGAAAUAUUUUACUCUAAAAUCACAUCUUGUUAUACAUCAAAUAAUACACACAGGAGAGAAACCAUUUGCAUGUUCAGAAUGUGGAAAAAGUUUUAUUCAAAAGUCAAAUCUUAUUCAACAUCAAAAAAAUCACACAGGAGAGAAGCCAUUUUCAUGUUCAGAAUGUGCAAAAUGUUUUACUCUGAAAUCUCUUCUUGUCAAGCAUCAAAAAGUGCACACAGGAGAGAUGCUUUUAUGUUCCAAUUGUGGAAAACGUUUUACUGAAAAAUCACAUCUUGCGCUACAUCAAAGAAUUCACACAGGAGAGAAGCCAUUUUCAUGUUCACAAUGUGGAAAAUGUUUUACUCAUAAAUCAAGUCUUAUUCAACAUCAAAAAUUUCACACAGGAGAGAAGCCUUUUUCAUGUUCAGAAUGUGAGAAAUGUUUUACUCUAAAAUCACAUCUUGUUCAACAUCAAAAAAUUCACACAGGAGAGAAGCCAUUUUCAUGUUUGGAAUGUGGAAAAUGUUUUACUCAGAAAUCAAAUCUUAUGCAACAUCAAAAAGUUCACACAGGAGAGAAGCCAUUUUCAUGUUCGGAAUGUGGGAAAUGUUUUACUCAGAAAUCAAGUCUUAUUCAACAUCAAAUAAUUCACACAAGAAAGAAGCCAUUUUCAUGUUCAGAAUGUGGGAAAUGUUUUACUGAGAAAUCACUACUUAUCAGACAUACAAGAAUUCACACAGGAGAGAAGGCAAUUCCAAGCAAUAAAUGAUACAGAUAACACAUCUAUAUAGUUCAUUCAGUCUUUUAUUUGCACCAUUGAAAAAGGGGACAACGUGUCUGGUUUAAAGACUUUACCUGCACAAGUAUUGGGACAACUUGGAAUCCGCCACUGCCCCAGCAGAGCCAUUUACAAGCAGCUUAAACCUAUUGCCAGCAAGUGAUCAACAGCACCGGACCUCCACUGCUCUCUUACAUCCUUCCCCGUGCCGCCGGGGUAGAGAGACACAGGGCCGGAUGAUCUGCAGUGCCGCCACACUCUUUUGAUUGACUCCGCAAAACUUACCAACUGAUCCGGUAAGAGGCACAUUGUGCCGCCACAUCCUCCUCUUGUACAAUGUCCCCGCCGGGGUAUAGAGGUCUUUCAUCUACCCUGUGCAGGCAGUGGGCUCAUAACAGUGAGUCUCCAGCACUGCAAAAAAAACAAAAAAAACAUAACUUGGAUUUAUAAACCAAUACAGGAUUAACUCUAACAUCAUUGUCUACACCAUUUGAACUUGUGACAUUACUUACCUCUUUAUAACCCUGGUUAUAAAGCAAUUGUCAGACUGUACCUUUGUGCGCACAAGAGCGCAGUAUCUACUUGUCCCAUAUACGAAGUACAUUAUUUAGUUCACUAAGUGUAACCCCCUUGUGAUUUAGUGUAAUUUAUAUAUGAAAUCUCUGAGUAUUUAUCUAUUUAUGAACUAUAUUUCUAUACUGUGAGUUGUCUGAAGCAAGGGCCCUGCCGAAGACCACACUUCAGAGUUUUUAAAUAAAUGUCAUUUUAUCACCAAUAAAUGUGAUUUUAUGCUAGACACAAUCUCUUUCCUUCUUUUAUCUUCCGAUCUUCCUUUUGUCUCUCUUUUACCUUAGCCUAGUAGGACUGCUCCGUUGUCUGUAUAUUUUUUAUAGUCUAUUUCUGGCACACUGGGUAUGUGUAACGCAGUAUCCUCGGCUUAGGUUUUUUCUGUAUUUUCUGUUUUAUGUAUAGCUCCCACAGAUAUAUUUUUUCUUGCAUUUGACAUCUAUAUAUUAACCAUAUACAUAGGAUAUCUGACAUUUAUACAUAUAUCAUAUACUGCAUCUCCAAACUUGUUCCCAAUUGUUAAUAAAAGUUUUCUUUUAGAACGUAGUCACCGAUCCAGCGAUGUCAUCACUAUAGUUUACAUGGUACGAAAAGAGUGUGAUAUAUGGUUGUGAUAUUCACUGCUCCUCAUGGAGAAGACCCAACAGGCAUAAUCCAUGGGGAGCUGCUACUGGAGACCCAAUCAUCCAAGAUCUAGGACGCAAACCCAGCUUUCUGACACUGGGCUGUACAGUGCGACCCAAAAUCCGUUGGUAAUCCUCAGAUUUCAUGAUGCCUUGCACACAUUCAAGGCACCCAGUGCAAGAGGCAGCAAAACAACCCAAAACAUCAUUGAACCUCCAUCAUAUUUCACUGUAGGUACUGUGAUCUUUUCUUUGUAGGCCUCAUUCCUUUUUCGGUAAACAGUAGAACGAUGUGCUUUACCAAAAAGCUCUAUCUUGGUCUCAUCUGUCCACAAGAUGUUUUCCCAGAAGCAUUUUGGCUUACUCAAGUUCAUUUUGGCAAAAUGGCGUUUCAUUUUAUUUAAAUGUCGACAGAUAUUCCAAGGAGCAUCAGUAUCAGCGUGAACUAUCUUUGGAACUUGUUUGGGGCUGCUUAUCCACCAUCUGGACUAUCCUGCGACAUCUUUCAUCAUUUUUUCACUUCUGUCCAUGCCCAGGGAGAUUAGCUAUAGUGUCAUGGGUUGCAAACUUCUCGAUAAUGUUGCGCACUGUGGAAAAAGGCAAAUCUAGAUCUUUGGAGAUGGACUUGUAACCUUGAGAUUGUUGAUAUUUUUCCACAAUUUUGGUUCUCAAGUCCUCAGACAGUUCUCUUCUCCUCUUUCUGUUGUCCAUAUUUAGUGUGGCACACACAGACACACAGGCCCUCAUUUACUAUUGCAAACCUGACGUUUUGUCGGGUUGUGCGCCAGUUUCGGGCACAUUGCGCCAGAAUAUGCGCCUGAAAUUCUGUCUGCGCCUGAAUUGAACAUACCCCAACUAACUCUCCAUUUUGCUAAGAAAACCCAAAAAAGGGACGUGGCAGUGGGGGAAGGGGGCGUGGUCACAUAAAAGGGGCGUGUUCCCGGUAUUUUCACAAAAUCACAACAUAUUUACUAAAGUUUCCACAUAAAAUGUGGUGGAUUUCAGCUGAUGAAAACCCAACAGAUCAGAACAUGUGCAAAAAAAAAAGCAAAGUGUAGGCAAAGUGGAAACUGUAGGGAAACCUUAGUAAAUACCAUGGAAAAUAAAUUGUAGGGAAUUAAAACCCACAAAGAAACCUACACAACACUCUUAGUAAAUAAGGGCCAUGCACUUUAGCUGUUUGUGCAAGCUGGGAGUUGUAGUUACACAACAGCUAAAGGUACACUUUAAAGAAUAUCUGCUUCCAGAGCGUGUUCUGAUUAUCAACAUUAAACUUUGUUCGAUCAAACAGUCAUGCUGUACUAGAACACAUAUUGAUACAUCUUCUCAACAAACAUGCCUGAUAUUUGCCUAACAAUGACCGAUCAAUAAAAUGUCAGUGUCAGGCUGACCUACUGGGGGAAAAGAGGCACAAAAGUACGAUUACUUAGCUUUUACAGAGAAAAACUGAAAAAUAAGCUUGUAAAAUGCUUCAAUAAACAGAAGAGAUUUGGUUAUCUGAACCGUGUCAGCUGUCUCAUUUCUCCUCCACCGAUGCAUGCAUCAUCUAUAUAUUCAAUUUGGCCGGGAAUAGAUAAGCACUGUAUGUCUGAAGAAGUCAUUCUACUUCACAUGUAUAUACUAUAAUACUAUAAUACAUGUAUAUAUACUUGACUAGGGGAGAUUCUAGCUGCCUUUCCCUGACCAUAUGAACCACUCACCCAGUAAUGACCGACACAUCUGUAUGGUGCUAAGGCCACAGCAGCCCAACUUUAUUAAAUAACAAUUAAAACAUUGUGCAUAAAUAUAACUCUGUAUGAACGUCAUACAACAACAUAUAUAUAUAUAUAUAUAUAUCUUUAUUUAACCAUAACUGUUAAACCCAACGUCAACAGGAGAAGACCCAGAGGCACCGUCCACUUUCUUUUCACCAACAUGAAUUCCUGGGGCCUCCUACUCUUACUCCCGGCUGACCAACACCUGGCCUGGGAGCACCACCUGCAGAGCCCCGUAUCCUUCCCUGGGUCCCCCAUGGCCACAGGAAUUAUACCACCAUGGCGUAUGUCCUCCAUGCCCCACUUUACUCCCGAUCCAUAGUACACCUUCUCCUGCCCCAUCCACAAUGAAGACAAGUGACCCCUUACUCGGCCACGUUCCUCCACACCCUCAAAGCACACUCCACCACCUCCCGGAUAUCCAGCGGCCAUAGAUCCAUCCCGAAGGCGUUAAGGUGGACUAAGCCCGAAGCCAUGAAAUCCGGGUCCCAGAUUUCCAAAUGGCGCACCACCAGCCCACCGUUUCGGGCCAUGAACCGUCCCACCGCCUUGUUAACCUUCGCCCGAGCAUGAUUCAGGCCUGCCACCGACCUGGCCCCCCUCCAACGCCUCCUAGCCACCAUGUCCGACCAUAUGAUGAUCAGUCCAGGGAAAGAAGACCAGAGCCUCAACAUAUCCAGCUUGAUAUCCCUCAUUAGCUCCCUGGACCAACAAGAUACCAGUUCGUUCCCUCCCAGGUGCAAAACCACGACAUCUGGGGCCUUGUCCAUCCUGGAAUAAUAGUGAAUACAGGGCAGCAACUCGGAAAAAAGCAUACCCCCUUGACCCAGCCAGCGUACCUCCACCUCCGACCUGGGGAAACCCAAUUGCCGACUCUCCGGGCACACCGCAGCCCUCGCCUUCCCCUCUGACAACAUACGAAUGGCCAACAAUCUAGACAAGGCACCUCCUGGAUCCUAAAAGAGAGAAAAGAACAUGCCAGCACGGAACUUAACCAACAACACUCACAGCAGAUGCGGCCGAACAUAUAGUUUAAAGCGAUCAGACUCCCACCGCCCAAUCCUUUUGAUCACACCCGGCCCAACCCCCACCGAGAAGCCUCAGUCGCUGCGCCUAUGCGAAAAGAAUGGGAGCAAACAUUUGCAGAAAACCGCCAUGAGCUGAAAGCGGGAUAGGAAGCUACCAUCCACAUGCACCAACAGAGGGCCCAACAUGGCCCGGGCGAACCUCCAAAAACUGCCCAUAACAAGCCACCGGGCACAUACCCGAUCCUGAUAACGUUGACAGCCGGAUCACCACUCCCUUAUCCAACUGAUCAGUCUUAGAGUGACGCAAGAAACACUCCAAGACGCCCGCCACCUCCCGCACGUCUGAAAAAAGCAGGCAUAGGGUUCCCCGUAUUUUCCUUCUCAGCACAAUACCAACCAAACAGCAACAGCCUGACGUUACCAGGGUGGGCGAGGACCAUUAUUACUGGCCCUCCCUAGCCUAAAUAAUGCCAGCCUGUUACAUCCUAGGCCCAGGAGCGCCAUUUUUGAUGCUCCGGGCCUGUUGGUACCGGCUCUUCUCCGCACCCCUGUGUGUAAUAAUUGGGGGUUAGCGGUAGCUGUUUUUGGGGCUAGCGCUAAGCCCUGGCUUAGUAAUGGAUUCCGUCAAUAAGACCAGCUUCCACUACUAUACCUGAAAAUUCAAUAAAAAAAAACACAACACAUUGGAACAUUUUUUUUAUUUAAAAAAACACUCCCCCACAGCCCUCGUUAACCAUUUUAUUAAAAGAAAAAAAAAAUUAUCUGCUGUAAUCCAUCGAAUCCGCAGUAAUCCUCUGCAUACACGGAUCUGAAACGAGAAGAAAACAAACACAAAAAAUUGGUUAUGACAUUUUUGGCGCUGUCCACUG